AUGGUGUAUGUCUUGCUCCCCAAAGGUAUCUGGAUAGAAGUUCUGGCUGUGACCCUGCUCUUGCUGAAUUCCCAGGUGGCUGCAGUCAGACAGACCCCAGAGCACUUCACUGAACAGUUGAAGUUUGAGUGUCACUUUGAGAACGGGACGGAGCGCGUGCGGCUUGUGGUGAGGUACAUCUACAACCGGGAGGAGCACGUGCGCUUCGACAGCGACGUCGGGAAGUUCUUGGCGCUGACGGAGCUGGGGCGGCCCAGUGCUGAGAAGAGGAACAGCCAGAAGGAGGAACUGGAGCAAUUUCAGGCCCAGGUGGACACUGUCUGCAGGCACAACCACGUGGUGUUUGAGCCCUUCUUAGUGCGCAGGAGCGUUGAGCCUGAGGUGACUGUGUAUCCAUCCAAGAUGGCUCCCCUGGGACACCACAACCUGCUUGUCUGCUCUGUCACUGGUUUCUACCCUGGGGACAUUGAGGUCAGGUGGCUCCUGAAUGGGCAGGAGGAGACAGCUGGGGUUGUGUCCACAGGCCUGAUCAGCAAUGGAGACUGGACCUACCAGGUCCUGGUGAUGCUGGAGAUGACCCCCAGGCGAGGGGAUGUCUACACCUGCCACGUGGAGCACUCCAGCCUGCAGAGACCUGUCACCUUGGACUGGAAAGCACAGUCUGGAUCUGCCCAGAGCAAGAUGCUGAGUGGAGUCGGGGGCCUCGUACUGGGGCUGAUCUUCUUUGGGGUUGGCCUUGUUGUCCACAGGAGGAGUCAGAAAGGAAAUCGGGGUUCACAGCCAACAGGGCUCCUGAGCUGAUCCCUGAGGCUGUGUCCCCUGUAGCUGCUGCCUCCCCCUUAGCCUCCCUCCCACGUUU